CGGAGAUUGAGCCAGAGCUUGAACCUGGUGGUCCAUGAGCAGCUUCGUGAUGGGGAGAAGCGCCACAAGUGCUCAGAGUGUGGGAUGAGCUUCAGAUGGAGGUCCCUCCUGAUCUCCCACCAGAGGAUCCACACUGGGGAGAGGCCCUACGAGUGUGGGGAGUGUGGGAAGAGGUUUCACAGCAGACGCAAUCUCCUCCAGCACCAGCGCACGCACACAGACGAAAAGCCCUUCCGCUGCCCCGACUGCAGGAAGGGAUUCAGGCAAAACUCCGACUUUAUCCGCCACCAGCGCAUCCACACGGGGGAGAGGCUCUACGAGUGUGAGGAGUGUGGGAAGAAAUUUCACACCAGAGGCAAUCUCCUCCUGCACCAGCGCACGCACACAGAUGAGAAGCCGUUCCACUGCAUCGACUGCGGCAAGGGCUUCAGACGAAGCUCCACCCUCACCUACCACUGGCGCAUCCACACCAGGGAAAAGCCCCACAAGUGUGAGGAGUGUGGGAUGAGCUUCAGCCACAGCUCCAUCCUGAUCUAUCACAAGAGGAUCCAUACUGGGGAGAGCCCCUACAAUUGUGAGGAGUGUGGAAAGGGCUUCAGGCAGCAUGCAGAACUGAUCUGCCACCAGUACAUCCUUACUGGGGAAAGGCCAUACAAGUGUGGGGACUGUGGGAAGGCUUCAGACCGUUCUAAACUAAUCCUUCACCAAAGGAUUCACACUGGGGAGAAGCCCUACGAGUGUUCUCAGUGUGGGAAGAAGUUUCCCACCUGCUCCAAGCUUUUCAAGCACUACCAGACACACACAGAAGAGAGGCCCUAUGAGUGUCCUGACUGCAGGAAGGGCUUCAGGGAAAACUCUACCCUCAUCAUCCACCAGCGCAUCCACACUGGGGAGAGGCCCUACGAGUGUGGGGAGUGUGGGAAGAGGUUUCGGACCAGCAGCCACCUCCUCGUGCACCAGCGCAUCCACACAGACGAGAAGCCCUUCUGCUGCCCCGACUGCGGGAAGGGCUUCAGGGUAAAUGACGCCCUCAUCAGACACCGGCGCAUCCACACCGGGGAAAAGCCCCACAAGUGUGCAGAGUGUGGGAUGGGCUUCAACCACAGCUCCAGCCUGAUCAGCCACCAGAGGAUCCACACUGGGGAGAGGCCCUACAAGUGUGAGGAGUGUGCAAAGGGCUUCAGGCGGCGUGCGGAGCUGAUCUGCCACCAGUACAUCCACACUGGAGAAAGGCCAUACAAGUGUGGGGACUGUGGGAAGGGCUUCAGGCAGCGUUCCAACCUAAUCAUUCACCAAAAGAUCCACACUGGGGAGAGGCCCUACGAGUGUUCUGAGUGUGGGGGGAGGUUUCCCACCAGCUCCAGGCUCCUCAGGCACUACAAAACACACACAGAGGAGAGGCCCUACGAGUGUCCUGACUGCAGGAAGGGCUUCAGGAGAAACUCCGACCUCAUCAUCCACCGACGCAUCCACACGGGGGAGAGGCCCUACGAGUGUGGGGAGUGUGGGAAGAGCUUCUCCCAGAAGUCAAACUUGACCCAACAUCAAUGA